CUCGUUGUUGCAUAGCAGAUCUAGAAGGAUAGAGAUGGAGAGGGCGUGGCUUACCACGAUGACAAGUGUCACGGAAGUGACAAGUUUAGGCCCAUGCGGUUACCAUCGUAUGACUUUACCCAGCUUACGAACGAAAACCAGGACAUCCCGGAGGAAUCGCACUCAAAUUACAGGAAAUUUUAUUUGAUUCUGUCACAACCAUAUUUGAAAGCUGACAGUGCCCCGGAAUCGUUAGAUGCUGUAAACAAGAGGUUACCAGGCCAUAAAGGGGAACACGAGAGGCACAACUCUAGGCCUGGUACAAUAUGGCCUACAGCUGAAGAGGACCAAGACGUUUAUGGCAAAGGGAUUUCUCAGGACCAAUCACUGAGAUAUGAAUGUCAAGCGACGACUUUCAAUGUACCCUGUUUAACUCAUGUUGACUGUGCAGCAUGUCCCUAUAGAAAUGGCUGCAAUCUGCGCAUGCAGAGAUGUACGAUUGCCUUUCGGUUGUUCCGCUUUGGUCAUAGCAGACGACAGUCGGUGAAAGUUGCAAAUGAAUCUUCCCCGUUUAUCCUGAUCCCGUGUAGGUUGACGUCAGGCCUAAUGCAUCAGUGCAGAUAUAGAACCAGCGAUAUGUAACACAUUGCAUCAGAGCAGAUACAGAACCAAUGAAAUGCUAAAGAUGCGUUACCAUAGUAACAGAACGCUACACUACAGCAUACAGCCAGAGGAAUUAGAUCAUUGUGACGCCAUGCAUGUAUCAUUACAUUGAAUGCAAUGCAUUACAAAUGGAUGUCAAUAUUAGGACAACAUUAUGGAUAGCUUAUGAUUAGAUAAAUGUUAAACAUGCACCAAAACCAAAUGUGGGAAAAUAAAAGCAAUCAAAGAUGAACAUUUUUUCUUCUAAAAAAGUCAUAUUUGCAAAAACUCCUAAUACCAAAUUAUGUAAUCGAUGUGAAAAAGUGGCAAAUUUUAAAUUGUGCUU